AUGGCUAAAAGUCAGUCCACGGAUAACAGAAGUCGAAAGCUAAGCUCGAGGAAGGGCGGCAUUGAUCGCUGCUGGAGUGUGGCCGCCUUCGCGUUCAUCAUGUUUUUCAUGGAGUCGGCCACCAUGCGCACCACCGGGUUCUUCUACGUCGGAAUAAUGAAGGAGUUGGGAGUCGACCGCGGGCAAGCUUCGUGGCCCGUGAACCUCAUGGGAUCCGUCAACGACUUUGGAGGUCUGGUGUCGGGUCCAUUGUCCCAAAGCUUUAGUACUGUCCCAGUUCUACUAGCCGGAACUUUGAUAGCCUCCGGUGGAGUGAUGGCCUCAAGUUUCGCUCCAGAUAUCACGUGGAUGUCCCUCACGUUGGGUGUAGCGCACGGAUUUGGUCUUGGAAUGAUGAUCACAAUGCUUCAAGUGCUGAUAAGCAUGUACUUCAAGCGCUAUCGUGGCGUCGCGAACGGCAUCAUGUUCGCCGGUUCGACAUUUUCGUCCUUCGUAUUUCCAAGACUUUUGCUGUUUCUCACGGAAAUAUACAACUUUCGAAAUUGCCUGCUUUUGCUUGGGGCCAUACUCAUGAACAUGACCGCUGUCGGUCUGUUGUUCAGGGAACCCAAAUGGGCAAAAAAGCUGCCUCCCGAACGACGAAUGUCAUUUAUUCCAGAAGCGGUAGUAUACAACGACGAGAGUGAGUUUUCAGCGCCACAAACCGACAUAUCUGAGAACGAUCACAAGCAGUCGUCACUAAAGGUUAUUGCACAUCAAGUAACUGAGGUUUUCAAAUCCAUUAUGUUUUACGUCCUUCUGAUAUCUUGGCUGGUGCUGUGCUACGACUUCGACAUCUUCUUUUCCACUAUAAUCGAUUUUGCAAUAGAUACAGGAGUACUGCUUUCUGACGCGAUGUCACUCAUUCCAUAUUUUUCGAUAACGGACCUAAUUGGAAGAAUUGUCUUACCCUUGCUCGCUGACAGAAAAUACGUGCGUCGAAGCACAUUGUCAUUGCUUAAUUUCUUAUUCCUGGGCACAGGAAUGGCGGUGCUUCCUCUAGUGACAUCGUAUGCGUCUUUGUUGGCGGUCUGUCUUUUCAUAUCUUUCUUCAUGGGAAGUGCAGUCACGAUGCAUUGUGUAUUGAUGGCAGACCACAUCGGGCUGGAGCGCCUAGCCGUGGCGUACAGCAUUAUGGGUGCCCUCUGCGGUCCAGCAUUGAUGGGAAAAGCUCCAUUUGUUGGGUAUUUCCGCGAUGACAUUGGAUCCUAUGACCUGAUGUUCUGGAUUCUAGGAGCUUUAUCAAUACUGGUCAGCAGCCUCUGGCUUCUGGUGCUGUGCUUCGAAGAACGCAAGAAGAAAAAAUGGGAGUUGGACAUAUUGCACAACAUGCCCUGCACACAUCACAUGUGA